GUCUUGUUCGAUAAGGCUGACAUUGAAUAACAAUAUUAUUAUACUAUUAUUAUUAUAUUAUAUUAUAUUAUUAUUAUAUUGCAUGAUAAAAUGGUAAGUAAGAAUGAUAUUAAAAUAGUUGUAUUUGGAGGAGGAACCGCCACUAAUGAGUUAGUACCAUUAUUUCGAUGUUUAACUCCAAAUGUAACAUAUAUAUUACCUAUUCUGGAUAAUGGAGGUUCAACAUCAGAAAUUAUAAGAGUUAUUGGAGGUCCAGCAUUAGGUGAUGUAAGAUCAAGAUUAACUAGACUUAUCCCAAAUCAUCAAGAAUCUUUAAGACAACUUUUAACAUUUAGAUUAUCAUCAGAUCCAAUAAUUGCAAAAGAAGAAUGGAAUUCAAUAGUUGAUGGAACUCAUAAAUUAUGGUUAAAUAUUAAUCAAUCAACUAAAGAAAUAUUUCGAUCAUUCUUUAUUCAUAUUCAUGUUGAAUUAUUAAAGAGAUCAAAAUAUCAAUAUUCUCAAACAUCUUCAAAGAAACAAUUUAGAUAUGAAUUAGCUAAUGUAGGAAAUUUAUUUUUAACUGGAGUAAGAUUAUUCUUAGGUUCACUUGAUUCAACUAUUGAAUUAUUUAGUAAAUUAACUGAUAUUGAUAAUCUGAUUAGAGUUUUACCUUGUAUUAAUACAAAUUUUACUUAUCAUAUAAGUGCAUUACUUGAAAAUGGUUUAAUUAUAACUGGUCAAUCUCAAAUAUCUCAUCCAUCUCAUAGAGAUAUUAAAAGAGAUAUUUAUCCACCUCCAAUUAAUACAACAAGACCUCCAACUCCAACAGAAAAUAUGAUAAGAACAAAUUAUUUUGGUACUCCAGCAUUAGAUGGAAUAAAUAUUGAUAUUCCAAUAAAUGAAGUAGCACUUUCAAUAUCAAGAAAUUCUCAUCUUUUAUCUGAUGAUGAUGAUGAAGAUGCAGAAGAAUUAGGAAAUAUUCCUCAAUAUAUUCAUCCAGACCUUAAGAAAUCUCAAUUACAUUUUAAUAAAGAUGAUAUAGAACCAUUACUUUCUCCAAUUAAAAGAAUCUUUUAUGUAUCACCUUAUGGUCAAGAAAUAAAACCUACAGCUCCAACUACAGUUACAUCAACUAUAGCAGAAUCAGAUGUUUUAAUAUAUUCUAUUGGAUCUCUUAUGACUAGUAUAGUUCCUAUUAUAAUUUUAAAAGGUAUUGGAAAAUCUAUUGCAAUUAAUAAGAAUAACAAACAUAAAAUCCUAUUAUUAAAUGGUUGUCACGAUAGAGAAACUUUUGGAAUGAAAGCUGUAGAUUUUUUAAGAGUAAUAGUUCAACUGGCAAGAUAUUCUGAGCAGGCUCAGUAUUAUAAUGUUGAUGAUAUUAACUGGAAUGAUUAUAUAACUGAUUUAGUUUAUAUGAAAAAUUCAUCUAUACAUGUUGAUAAAGAAUAUUUAGAAAGAGUUAAGAAUAUUAAGUGUACGGAAAUAGAUAGAUUUGAAGAUACAGAUGUUUAUGAUCUUGAUAGUUUACAAAAGGAAUUAGCACUUAUAAUAAAUAAGGAUUAAUUAAUUUGUAUUUAUAUAUAUA